GGGAAGCUGGUGGAGGGAAGGGGAAAGCGGCGCUGUGCUGAGGACCCUGCCCGGGAGCCCAGCCCCAGGCUGGAUAGAACCCAGGGGUUGGGGUCCUACGGGCCCAGGAAGAGCCAGGCCUGGCACUCUGCUGGAUCAGAGCCCUCAGCCAGCCAGGCUGACCCCAGAAAGCAGAGACCCCAAGAGGCCACCCUUAACAGCUCUGACCCCAAGGAAGUGACUGUUGGCCACGUGGGGGUCUCAAGACAAGCAGGUAUUUGUGGGGUUAGGGGUUAGAGGUUAGAGAGCCUCUGCAGGGCCCGGGCGCAGGAAAGGCCUCUGGUGAUGGAGGCAGCCUUCCUCCCUCCCACUCUUCCUCCCCACCCUAGCCCUCAAGGCCGUCCCUCACAGUCCCAGCUUCCUCUGGGCAGGGGGCCUGGCCCCCAUGGCCUCCCAGGCCAGCCCCUGGAGCACCACCUGCCCCAGCCGGCCAGAGACUUCCUGUAGCGCAAGAGAUUUAUGCAAACGGGCUGGGGUGGUGAUGUCACCCCAAGGGGACUAUCUCCCAGCGGCAGGCCUUCGAUAAAAUCAGGAACUUGCGCUGGCCCUGCAAUGUCAAGGGAGGGGGCUCACCCAGGGCUCCUGUAGCUCAAGGGGCAGGCCUGAGCCCUGUACCCGCCCUGAGUCCGUCCAGCCCCCGACGGGGCGCCCCAUCCCCAGGGGCUCCGCACUGGCCCCCACCAAGGCAGGGGACCUGACCGGCUCGGAGCUCGGCUGGAUGUUACAGGCGUGCAAAAUGGAAGGGUUUCCCCUCGUCCCCCCUCAGCCAUCGGAAGAUCUAGUUCCCUAUGACACGGAUCUCUACCAACGCCAAACGCACGAAUAUUACCCCUAUCUCAGCAGUGAUGGAGAGAGCCACAGCGACCAUUACUGGGACUUCCACCCGCACCACAUGCACAGCGAGUUCGAGAGCUUCCCCGAGAACCACUUCACGGAGCUGCAGAGCGUGCAGGCUCCGCAGCUGCAGCAGCUCUACCGCCACAUGGAGCUGGAGCAGAUGCACGUGCUCGACGCACCCAUGGCGCCCACCCACGCCAGCCUUGGCCACCAGGUCUCCUACCUGCCCCGGAUGUGCCUCCCGUACCCCUCCCUGUCCCCGGCUCAGCCCAGCUCGGAUGAGGAGGAGGGCGAGCGGCAGAGCCCCCCACUGGAGGUGUCUGACGGGGAGGCCGACGGCCUGGAGCCAGGGCCUGGCCUCCUGCACGGGGAGACAGGCAGCAAGAAGAAGAUCCGCCUGUACCAGUUCCUGCUGGACCUGCUGCGCAGUGGCGACAUGAAGGACAGCAUCUGGUGGGUGGACAAGGACAAGGGCACCUUCCAGUUCUCGUCCAAGCACAAGGAGGCGCUGGCGCACCGCUGGGGCAUCCAGAAGGGCAACCGCAAGAAGAUGACCUACCAGAAGAUGGCCCGCGCGCUUCGCAACUACGGCAAGACGGGCGAGGUCAAGAAAGUCAAGAAGAAGCUCACCUACCAGUUCAGUGGGGAGGUGCUGGGCCGCGGGGGCCUGGCCGAGCGGCGCCACCCGCCCCACUGAGCCCAGGCCCGAGCCCGCCGGGCCGCCAGGCCUCCCCUCUGGCCAUAGCAUUAACCCCCCGCCCGGCCGGACACAGGGGGGAAGCUCCCAGGGGCCAGGGGCAGGACUGGGGCGGGCCAGGCCUCGCCUCCCCGCCCACCCCCUCCUCCUCCAAGCCCCCGCCCGCACCCCUGCUUCGCCUCCCACCAGGACUCCAGCCCCGGCUCCAGAAGGCCACCUGGGCGUCUGGCCCCAGCAAGGGUCAGCUUGCUUAGUACCAGGGGUGCUUCCUUGGGAGUUCGAAGUCAUCAUAUUUGUGUAAAUUGAACCUUCCUCUUUAAGCAUCCCUUUCUCCCAACACCUCUCCCCCAUCAGCUUCCUCAGGAAUACCAGUUAUUAAAGUUAUUCUCAGUGAGUCCUCUUGCGGCACAGAGAGUCUCUUUUAAAAUUUUUUGUGCACCUUGUCUGCCCAGCCCCCAUCUGAUCUCUCUUUUUCUCAUCUGUCCAUCGGGCAUUUACCAAGGAUCCUACCCAAUGCUGGAUGCUGGGGACGUGAGAACAGAUGACACUUCGUGCCUGACUAGGAGUCAGAGCCGGUGGAAAGAACGAAUCCUCAGUGGUUCUUAGAGGAAUAAAUCAUUAAA